UCUCCCGAUUAUUUUGAUGUCCUUUGUGACAUUAAUCUCUUCAAACUUGGUUGGAAGACGUACAUGUUUCCGAUUAAUUUCUUACAUCCUCAUUUAUCUAUAUACAAUGCAGCACGAGCAGUCAUACACAACGGACUGCAAAUGUUGCAACUAUUUGGUCGUAAGAAGAGAGAAGUAUUUCAAGUAAGUUCUGUAAUCUAUAGUCAUCUCCGUAAAUCUAGAGAUAUAUAUGAUGGAAUUAUCAAUCUCAAUGAAACGAUAGGGUUUGAAUCGAAUCCAAACACUGAUUAUGAAUAUAGGAAAACGGUUUAUGCUAAAAAAGUGCACCGAGAUACAAAACAUUGAAAAAUUCAUGCAAACAUAUUUUUCACUUCUAUACACACUUACAAACGAUUCAAACAAUAUUUACAAUGUUAAACAAGAAUUUGAAGAUGAUAUGUCAUCAAUGGAAGAGAGUAAUAUCAAUAAUAUCAUGGAAGACUUGUCUUUCGAAAACUUAGACGUUAGUAGAGAUCAUGCACGAGCUGAUUAUAACCUGACAGAUGAGGAAAUAAAUUUGGCUGAGGAACAAUCACGGAAUGAGAUCUUAAAUAGCUCAAUUUUAAGUGACUUCAAUGCAAUAGUUAACAUAUCAAGGAACAAUACAGAUGCUGAGCUUAAUAACAUUGAAUCUUUUAACUUCAUAAGCUAUUGGCUGGCAAGCAUGGAUAAUGGAACAGACGAAUAUUUCCCUCCAGACAUAUGCUGGGGUUUCAAGGAUUGUGUCCUUCAUUGUUUGUCGUCGCUUUACAAUCUUUUUGCAGAGGAACAAGUGCCCGAUCUAGAUAUGAUUCAAAACAUCAUUAUGAGUUUAGACGACAUUGCAACGAACCUAUUUCUAAAUCAAAACAUCACUUUGAAGGAAUUAGUUUCAGUCAUGGAAAAUUUCAACUUCACAGUGACAGACCUUAUGAAGCUAAAUCCUUUCUGCUCUACAGCACCUGUUUUUCGUCAUGAUGUACGCAAUAUAACUGCUGUUAAUGGGUCGAAAGUUUCAUUUUCCUGCGAUGCUGUUGGUGAUCCGCAGCCAGAUGUUUGGUGGUUUAAGGACGGGAAGAUAAUUGCGGGUGAAGACAAGGCCUACUUAGAAAUUUCCAACAUAGGACCUGAAGAUGAAGCUGCUUAUCACUGCGUAGUUGGCAAUGUUGUUGCAAAUCUAUCUUCAAAUGAAGCAUGGCUAACUGUCGUGGGAAAUAUAGUUUCAGACUCUGACAAAAGUAACGGAACAGAAAAUUACUUACGUAACGUUCUCAUUGGUUUGGCAGCCACGGUUUUCAUUGGAUUUGGAAUUGCAGUUUUAUAUAUCAUACAACGAAAGAACAGACACAAUUGCAUAACACCCGUUGACACGAAGGAUGAUGAUAAAAUGGCAGCGAAGUCAAGUGAAUGCCCAGAUAUAUUUGAAUUACAAAAUAAACCAAACUACUGAUGAUCAAAAGAAAGUUAGACAUAACUGAUGGAAAUUUUGAGUAGUGUUAGUAUUAUGUGAAAGAAAGUAAUUGAGUAUCCGAAUGUUAUGUUCUUUAUCUAAAGAAGUAGUUCUUUGUUGCUCAUCUAAUGAAAGUUUAUGUCUAUAGGAGGGUAAUUAAGCCUCAAAAAUGCUUAUAUUUUUUCAAAAGCUUUGUAUUGUUAGUGUCCUGUAACAGUUUCCAAAUAUUGACUCAUUGGCAAUAUAACUGAGCUUUCUUUUGCUUCAUUUUAGUGUCGCCAAUUAGGACAGUUAUGAUGAC